AUGAGCGGCGCUGCCUGCACGAGCAGCGAUAUGAAGCUGCUCGCCGGUCUCUUGAGUUCGCCUCCGUGGACCAACUGCUCGAGCAUCACAUCUGCGGCGAUGGUCAAGAGUCUCUACCUCGAACAAAAAGGCACCAAAACUGCGUGCGAGAUCCCGACGUGCGCCGCCAACUUGAUCGCUGUCCAGGCCCAGAUGCCCAACUGCUUGAUUGCAAACUCGAAUAACUCGAUCAAGGCGUUCCAGGCAGUGCUGGGGUGCGUGCUUCCCACAAACGCAGCAUCCACGACCCUCCUCUCGGGUCUCACCAUGGUGGUGGCGGUUCUUCUCGUCGGCGCCUAG